AUGGCCGAGGAAAGACCCUCAACAACCGGAUCUACCGCCACCAAGAAUGAACUCAGUCGGACAUCGAAGUCCAGUGAGGAGGAAGUAUCCGGGGAGAAACAACAAAACGAUGUCGAGUCGAUAAUCCACAGACUGGCGAGCCGCAUCUCGAAUUGCGUCGGGGCCGAAGGAUCGACCCAACCUUCCUACAACAAUCCUUUCCAGCCUCUCCCUGGCUCGAAACUUGACCCUCAAUGCUCCAGCUUCGACACUCGGGCGUGGGUGGAAGCCCUCGUUCAUUAUGAAAGCGAGGAUCUCGAUGCAGGACGGCGUAGAAAGUCUGGUGUGGCUUUCCGCGACCUCUCGGUAUACGGCUUUGGCAUGUCCACAGACUAUCAAAAAACCGUGGGAAACAGCAUCCUUUCUCUAACAGCGCCACGACGCAAACGACGGGUAGAUAUCCUCCAUGGCCUGGACGGGCUUGUGAACGCUGGAGAAAUGCUUUUGGUUCUUGGACCACCGGGUUCCGGGUGUUCGACCUUGUUGAAAGCCAUUGCCGGGCACAUGGAAGGCUUAUCUUUGGGUGACGAGACUACAAUGAACUAUCGAGGCAUAUCAUUCAAAGAAAUGCACAGCUACUUCCGAGGCGAAGCCAUUUAUGUAGGGGAGAACGACGUGCAUCUCCCGAUGCUGUCAGUCGGGGACACCCUCUCGUUUGCAGCCCAUGCCAGAGCUCCACGAGCGUUGCCGGUUGGCCUGAAGGCCCAGCAGUACUCGAACCUCCUGCGAGAUGUCAUCAUGGCUAUAUUUGGCAUAUCCCAUACGAAAACCACUGUUGUUGGCAACGAUUUCAUUCGGGGGAUCAGUGGAGGAGAAAGAAAACGGGUGAGCCUUGCCGAAGCAGCCCUGAGUGACGCCGCCCUGCAAUGUUGGGAUAACAGUACGCGCGGGCUGGACAGCGCCAAUGCGGUUGAAUUCUGCAAAACGCUGCGGACCUCUACCGAACUGCUCCAAACAUCGGUCCUGGUCUCCCUCUAUCAAGCGCCUGAGGAGGCGUAUAAUGUAUGUACCCCUCUCGGAUCCCUUCGCGUUGAAGAAGGAUUGGCUAACCAUUUGGAUGCGAGGAAGAUAUUCGACAAAGUCCUGCUUCUGUACGAAGGGCGACAAAUCUUCUUUGGGCCCACAUCUGAAGCAGGCGCUUACUUUGAAGAGUUGGGCUUUCAGCAACCGGAGCGGCAAACGACCGCCGACUUCCUCACCUCAAUGACAAGCCCGAAGGAGCGUCGUGUGCGACCAGGGUUUGAACGCACAGUCCCCAAAACUGCAUUGGAGUUCGAAGAAAGAUGGAAGAAAAGCCAGCAGCGCCAGCAGCUGAUGCGUUCAAUUGCGGAGUAUGAAAGGGACUUCAGCUUGAGAAGUAAAUAUCUGGACGACUUCGUGGAGUCACGCAGGGCCCAACAGGCCAGCGGACAACGAAUUCGAUCCCCAUAUACCCUCUCCUACUUGCAGCAGACGACAUUGUGUCUUUGGCGCGGAUGGAAGCGUCUGCUUGCAGAUCCGUCCUUGACCUACAUCCAGCUGGGAGGCAACACCAUCAUGGCUCUGGUCUUGGGCAGUAUCUUCUUCAACCUGCACGAUGACACCAAUAGCUUCUACGGCCGGGGUGGACUGAUCUUCUUUGCUCUGCUUCUCAGCGCCUUUGCCAGCGUCCUAGAGAUCUUGACGCUAUACGAACAGCGGCCUGUUGUGGAGAAACACAAACAGUUCGCUCUCUAUCACCCUUCUGCGGAGGCGGUUGCCAGCAUGCUGACCGACAUCCCGUACAAAUUGCUCAAUACUCUCUGCUUCAAUCUGACGCUAUACCUGAUGGCAAACCUACGUCGAGAAGCCGGCCCCAUUUUCUUUUUCCUUUUAGUUGCGUUCCUGAGCACGGUUGUGACAUCAAGCCUGUUCCGCACCAUCGCAUCGGUAUCCCGUACCAUGUCCCAGGCUAUGGUGCCAGCCGCUAUCUUGGUCCUGGGCUUGAUCAUGUACACUGGCUUCACCAUGCCGACCGCCUACAUGCCGGGAUGGUCGCGGUGGAUAGCCUAUGUCAAUCCACUCAGUUAUGCGUUCGAGUCAUUGAUGAUCAAUGAGUUUCACGAUCGCAAGUUCUCCUGCUCGGUCAUCGUUCCAACAGGAGCAGAAUACAGCACCGCAGGUGCGGUCAACCGGGCCUGCACGGAGGUCGGCAACAUACUCGGUUCCACGAUGGUGCAGGGGGACCUGUACAUAGGCGAAAAGUUCAACUAUUAUCAUGCCAAUAAAUGGCGGAACGUGGGUAUAUUGAUAGCUUUCUGGGUUCUCCUUACAGCCGCUUACCUCGCCGCGACUGAACUGCUCGGUAUGGCUAAGAGCAAAGGCGAGAUAUUGCUCUUCCGACGCAGCCACUUUAACGAUAAAAGAGUUACGCGCCGAAUGGCCGAGGCCAACGAUGAGGAGGCCCUCAAGCCCCAAGUUGCGCCGGUGGCGCUGACAGGUCCGCCGGAUGCGACUACAAGGACGCAUGCUCCUCCUAGUGAAGGCCAGGUCUUCCAUUGGCAAGAUGUGUGUUAUGAUGUUAAGCAGAAAGGCGAGACCCGGCGGAUCCUGGACCACGUCGAUGGCUGGGUCGAACCCGGAACCUUGACCGCGUUGAUGGCAAGUUUCUUCCUGUGUAGAGGUGUUUCCGGCGCUGGCAAAACCACUCUCCUCAACGUCCUCGCUGACCGCGUGAUGACUGGGGUCGUUACCGGGGACAUGUACGUGGAUGGGAUACCACGAGAUGUUUCCUUCCAGCGCAAAACGGGAUACGUGCAGCAACAGGAUGUCCAUCUCUCAACAUGCACCGUGCGAGAAUCUCUCGAGUUCAGUGCCCUUCUACGCCAGCCCGCGAACGUUCCACCGGAAGAAAAGCGUGCCUAUGUGGACGAAGUAAUCCGGCUCCUCGAGAUGGAGGAGUACGCGGAUGCGAUCGUUGGAGUCCCAGGCGAGGGACUGAAUAUCGAACAGCGGAGACGCCUUACUGUCGGAGUUGAACUAGCCGCAAAGCCCGAAUUGCUCCUUUUCUUGGAUGAGCCGACUUCAGGGCUAGAUUCGCAGACGUCGUGGGCGAUCUGCCAGCUACUCAAACGACUUGCACGCAGUGGCCAGGCGAUUUUGUGCACAAUCCACCAGCCCUCGGCCAUCUUAUUCGAACAGUUCGACAACUUGCUUCUCCUCGCAAAAGGUGGCAAGACCGUGUAUUUUGGAGUCUGGCGCGACUCGCACGAGCAUCGUUCCGUCAAGGAAAGGCUGGAUGGGAUUCGCCAAUCGCGGAUUACCGAAGACAAAGAACCUCCAAUCCUGCCACUCGGUCAGCCAAAAGAUACCGCUUAUGCGGCGCCUUUUGUCCGCCAGUGGUGGCUCGUUCAGCAACGGGUCGCAGCACAGUAUUGGCGAACUCCAUCAUAUAUCUAUUCCAAAAUCGCCCUCACCGUGGGUUCGGCGUUGUUUAUUGGCUUCAGCUUCUUCCAUGCGCCAAACACCAUCCAAGGCCUCCAGAAUCAGAUGUACGCCGUGAUGAUGUUAUUGAGCAUGUAUGGGCAACUCAGUGAACAGAUCAUGCCUCAAUUCAUCAGCCAACGGGAAGUCUACGAGGAGCGGGAAAGGCCUUCGAAGAUAUACGACUGGAAAGUGCUGAUCCUGAGCAACCUCACGAUUGAGAUGCUUUGGAAUACCUUGAUGGCUGUGAUGGCCUACUUUUGCUGGUACUACCCCAUCGGGCUAUACCAGAAUGCUGUCCCCACGCACGAAGUCGCCUCGCGCGGCGGCCUGACCUUCUUGCUGAUCUGGGCCUUCAUGAUGUUUACGAGCACCUUUACCCAUGUGCUUGUUGCUGGCAUGGACAGUGCCGAUUCAGCCGGAAGCUUGGGAAAUAUCUGCUAUAUGCUGUGCAUCACCUUCUGCGGCAUCCUUGUGAAAAAAGCCUCCCUGCCUGGCUUCUGGACGUUCAUGUACUAUGUCUCGCCGUUCACCUGGCUGGCCUCGGGCCUUCUAUCGGCCGGCGUCGCCAAUGUGCAGGUUGUGUGUGCAGCGAACGAAUAUGUCAAGUUCCUCCCGCCGGCAGGCGAGUCGUGCAGCACUUAUAUGGCCGCCUAUAUUGCUUCAUCCGGCGGGUAUCUGGUCGACCCAGACAACACCAACCAGUGCGAAUACUGCCCGCUGAGAAGUACAGAUGAUUAUCUUCGUACAGUGAAUAUCCGAUUUGAGGAUGCGUGGAGGAAUUGGGGAAUCGUCCUGGCAUAUGUCGUUGUGAAUGCGCUUGGGGCUCUGGCGAUAACUUCGCCUGCAGUUUCCUUGCAACAACUUCUCCCAAACAACAACCUCGCAACAGCGACAAUGGGCGCAAAAAUUCCAGAAACAACCGUCAAAAAUGGGGAGGCUCUUCUCGAGCAUACCGCCACCAACGCCGACACUCCAGAAGAGUUGGAAGUGCUUGAGAAACGCCUCCGCCGCAAAAUCGACCUGCGACUGUGCUCGAUCUGUGGGAUCCUAAUGAGCCUGAACCUCGUCGACUCGGGCAUCCUCUCGUCCGCUUCAGUGACAAGCUUAUUCGACGAUCUACACCUAUACGGCAGCCGAUACUCGGUCUCCAUCUUCAUCUUCUCCAUUGCGCUGGUCGCAUGCCAGUUGCCCGGUGCCUUGGCUGUACGCUGGCUGGGCCCACGCGUCCUGUUAAGCGCCACGACCGUCUGCUUCGGCCUCGUCACCCUGUGCACGGCGUUCAUCCAGACCUGGCAGCAGAUGAUCGCCAUGCGUGUGCUGCUGGGCAUCGCCGUCGCCCCCGUCCUCCCGGGGGCAAGCUACCUCGUCAGCUCGUGGUAUCCGCGGCGCGAGCAGGGCCUGCGCUACGCCAUCCUCCAGGUGUUCCAGACCUGCGUCAUGGCCACCGGGACUCUCAUCAGCUUCGGGCUCAACCACCUCGACGGCCGCGCCGGCCUGCGCGGCUGGCGCUGGAUGUACCUCGUCCAUGGUCUCGCAGCCACUGUCAUCGGCAUCGUCAGCUACUGGUGGAUGGUCGACUUCCCGGAGAACGCGCAAAAGAGUUUUUGCUUCCUGUCGGAGAAGGAGACGCAGCUGGUGGUGGCACGCAUCGAUCGCGACCGCCGCGAUGUCAUCGCUGAGCACUUCGCCUGGCGCCGCAUCCUUGUCCACCUCGUCGACCCCAAGGCCUACCUCUUCGCCACUAUGGGCUUCGUCGGAAACAUGGUUUCCACAACCCUCAGCUACUUCCUCCCCAUCAUCAUCCAGGGCAUGGGCUUCUCCAGCAACAUGGCCAUCCUGCUGUCCACGCCACCAUACUACUGGGCCGUGAUCCCGGUCGUCUGCACCUGUUUCCUGGCGGACCGAUGGCGCCUCCGCGGCCCGUUCGUCGUCUUCAACUGCAGCUGCAUCAUUGCCGGCAUUCUGAUGAUUGGGCUGCCUCCGGAAAGUGAGGUCGCCCGCCGCUACGCCGGCGCCUUCCUCGGCACGGGGGCGUUCGUGUCGAACUGGGCAAUGCAGUACGCCUACCUGGCCAACAACAUGGCCGGCCAGUGGAAGCGCGCGACCUCCAUUGCGAUCGUCACCACCUUUCAGGGAUUGGGCGCCGUGGCGGGGAGUUACGUUGUGCGGCAGCAGGAGGCGCCGCGGUAUCCGACUGCUGUGUGGGCGAUUACUGGGUGA